UCAACGUCACACUCCAGAAAUGAGAGUGAAGUUUGUCAGAGUGGCAGCCACGCAAGUCUCCGUUUCUCUCUAAAAGAAAAUUCAAACUGAGUUCAUCAGGUGUUUCUCAACAACACAACAGAGUCUCUGCCAAACACUGAUAUGGCUGCUGCCAGCAAUCAGCUAUCUGAAGAUCAGUUUCUGUGCUCCAUCUGUCUGGAUGUGUUCACUGAUCCAGUCAGUAUACCAUGUGGACACAACUUCUGCAAAAACUGCAUCAAUGAACACUGGAAUACUAGUGACAGGUACCUGUGUCCGAUGUGUAAAAAGGUUUUCAACACAAGACCUGAGCUGCACGUCAACACUUUGUUCUCUGAGAUGGCUGUUCAGGUCAGACAGUCAGCUCAACAGAAAACCAGCAGCAGCAGCUCAGAGCAACAAGUGUCCAAACCAGGAGAAGUUCCCUGUGACGUCUGCACUGGAACCAAGCUGAAAGCCCUGAAGUCCUGCCUGGUGUGUCUGGCCUCCUACUGUGAGACUCACUUGGAGCCUCAUCUGACAAAGUCAGGCCUGAAAAGACAUCAGCUGAUUGACCCUGUGGAGAACCUGGAAGAGAGGAUGUGUACGAAGCACGAUAAACCUCUGGAGCUGUUCUGUAAGACCGACCAGACAUGUGUCUGCAUGCUCUGCCUCGUUUUAGACCACAAGACACAUGAGUUUGUUCCUCUGAAAGAAGAAUAUGAAAGAAAGAAGGCCGAGCUGGGGAAAACAGAGACUGAAAUUCAGCAGAUGAUCCAGAAGAGACGACUGAAGAUUCAGGAGAUCAAACACUCAGUUGACCUCAGUGAGGAAGAUGCAGACAGAGAGAUAGCAGAAGGUGUUCAGGUCUUCACUGCUCUGAAGGAGUCUGUUGAGAGAGGCCAGGCCAAUCUCAUCGACACGAUCAAAGAGAAGCAGAAAACAACAGAAAAACAGGCGGAAGAUUUCAUCAAAGAGCUGGAACAGGAAAUCUCUGAGCUGACAAAGAGAAGGACUGAAGUGGAGCAGCUCUCACGCUGUGAAGACCAACUCCAUCUUCUCCAGAGUGUCCAGUCCCUGAAAGCUGCUCCACCCACCAAGGACUGGACAGAGGUCAGCGUCCGUCCAUCAUAUGAGGGGACUGUGAUGAAAGCUGUGGCUCAGCUGGAGGAGACACUCAGUAAAGAGAUGAAGAAGCUGGUUACAGCUGAGCUGAAGAGGGUCCAGCAGUAUGCAGUGGAUGUGACACUUGAUCCUGAUACAGUUCAUCCUGAUCUCAUCUUGUCUGAUGAUGGGAAACAAGUAUGUCUUGGUAAGGUAAAGAAGAAUCUCCCAGACAACCCAGAGAGAUUUUCUGAUUGUGUAUGUGUUUUAGGAAAGCAGAGUUUCUCUUCAGGCAGAUUUUACUUUGAGGUUCAAGUUAAAGGAAAGACUGACUGGGACUUAGGAGUGGCCAGAGAGUCAAUCAACAGGAAGGGAGGCAUCGCACUGAGCCCUGAGGACGGUUACUGGACUAUAUGGUUGAGACAUGGAAAUGAGUACAAAGCUCUUGAUGUCCCUCGAGUCCUUCUCUCUCUAAAGUCUCGGCCUCAGAAGGUGGGGGUGUUUGUAGAUUAUGAGGAGGGUCUGGUAUCUUUUUAUGACGUAGAUGCUGCAGCUCUUAUCUACUCCUUUACUGGCUGCUGCUUCACUGAGAAACUCUUCCCAUACUUCAGUCCUUAUGUUAAUAAUGGUGGUAAAAACUCUGCCCCUCUGAUCAUCUCUCCUGUUGGAGUAAAUUAAUAACUAAUCUUAUU